AUGCGGAAUUCGACUCUAAAACAAACACGGACUCUGUCUCUGAGUCGUCGUGCAAAUCCGUGUAAUGACCCUCGCUACCCUGUGUUUGGAGGCUCUUUUUGCAAAAACGAGAGGAGGAUUGCUGUUGUAUGCGAGGCUCAAGAUUUUCCCAACCUUUAUGAAGUUACUGAAGCACAAUGUCAGCCAGACACAACUUGUGUUGAUUUUAUCCGCCCCGAGAAAUCGACUCCACUCGCAGCGUGUCUUACCAAUGAUAACAUACGGAGGUGGAAUAAUGGCGGUCAGCGUGGCAUAAUCUGCGACUCGAAUGGUCGUAGUUUUAAAACCAGUGCAAAUACAAUGGUAUUUGGAAUGACAACAUAUGAUACCAACUCGAAUCCAACAGCAGUAGAUUCGAUGUCUGGGUCUGUUGGUGGUCUUACACUUGGUAGAACCAUUCAUGAAAGUCAUUUCAGUGCAGUUUACAAGAAUUACCGGGCCGGUCAAUUAGUCAAAAUGUGUUUCGAUGCAGGCCCUCG